GUCAAUUAAACGUCAUGUUUAGAUAAGUAAUAAGCACCAAAUAUUUGACAUUUAAUUUGUAUCGAAAAGUUAAUUUUUUUAACUAAAAUGGGUUUAUUUGGAAAAACACCGCAAAGAAAUCCUAAAGAAUUGGUAAAUGAAUGGUGUCAUAAAAUACGAAAGGAAGGUUAUCAAUUAGAUCGACAAAUUCGAGGUAUCGAAAGAGAGGAAGAUAAAAUAAAACGUUCGCUCAAAGAAGCAGCUAAAAAGGGCGAUAGAGAUGUGUGUGUAAUGUUAGCUAAAGAGAUUAUCCGUUCCCGAAAAGCUAUUAACAAAAUUCAUACAACAAAAGCGCAUCUUAACUCUAUUUCAAUGCAAAUGAAAAAUCAAUUAGCCACACUACGUGUUGCUGGAUCGCUUGCCAAGUCAACUGAAGUCAUGCAAGCCAUGCAAAGUUUAGUGCGUAUCCCACAAAUUUCCCAAACUAUGCAAGAAAUGUCUCGAGAAAUGAUGAAAGCUGGAAUUAUUGAAGAAAUGUUGGAUGAAACUAUGGAAGUUUUAGAAGAUACCGAAGAAAUGGAAGACCAAGCCCAAAGUGAAAUUGAUAAGGUGUUGUGGGAAUUAACUGAAGGUAAAUUAGGGGAGGCUCCAGCUCCACCCGUGGCAACAACUGAAGGACCUUCAACAGCAGCAGAAACUGAACCAAAUGUUUUACUUGAGGAUAAUCCAGAAGAAUUAGAAGAAAUGCAAAAUAGGUUAUCCGCCUUACGUUCGUAGUACAAGCUUUCAAAGCAUCUAUAUUUUUUUAUUAAUUAAAUGCACUCGAUGUGAGCUUUUUUUAAAUUAAUUUAUAAGUACUAAGAUGUAAAUAAGUAUUUAUGAAACACACUGUACUUUUUAAAAACGAAUUAUUAAGUUUAGAUGUCGGCCAUUUUUAAAUGAUGUAAUAUAUCAUAGAUCCAAAUUUAAUUAGCCGUUCAGUUAACAGGCCAGCCAUUUUAACAAACAGCGCCUCUGGUAGCGUUCAACUAGUGGCCUAAAUGAUAUUCAGCCGUAGCAUACAACAUUUAAAGAAUUGACUGACUACUACUUAGGCCAUUCAUAUAUCAAUAGAGAAUAUUCAUGAAAUUUAAAUUUGAUUCAACAAAAUAUCGAAAAUUAACACCAUUUAAUACUUCUUUUUUUUUAAUUAUUAUUUUCAACGAUAGAUUAAUGAAAAAAUAUUUUUAUCCUGAAAAUUAUUAACUUUUCUAACUUUCUAUGAUAUUUUGUAGCCACAAAGUUGUGAAUUUGAAUUUUUAUCAAUCUUUUGAAUGUUCUUUGAGGCCUACCAUUCUGCGUCAUUUUAAAAUGGCGAACAAUCAAUCAAUUUUAAAUGUAUAAAUAUUUGUGUAUUAAUAAAAUUAAUUUAUAACGGGUGUUCUAGGAGACACCUAAGAAAAGUGAUAAAUUUUUGAUUAGAGAAUGAUGUAUUCAAAUCGAUUCAAGUCAAAUAAGUCAAAAUGGAACAGUAAUUUUGGACACGAAAAAAUAAUUAACAACUUGU